GAGAGAUGACCGCGCGGCCGCCCGCCGGGCCGCUUCUCAUGCACAUGCAGGCACGUAGCUAGCCAGGCGCCACCACAUGGCGGCUCACCCACUCGUCGCAAAAGCAUCCCCGGAUUAGCUCACUGAUCUCGCUAUAAAUCCCCCGCCCCGUCCUCCCCUCCAUUCCCAGGCAAGCAACGAGGGCAGGAACAGAGCUAGCCAAGAAAGCAGCCAGCUCGCCGCGCCCGCCUUUCUUCCUCGCCUCCGUUCCGUCCCGCCGCCGUCCACCUCGGCUCGGUUGCUGCUCCGCCUCAUUCUACAAGGGAUGGAGAUGAAGAAGAUCGCCUGCGCUGUCCUCGUCGCCGCCUCGGUCACUGUGGCGCUCGCCGCGGAGGCCCCGGCUCCGGCCCCCACCAGCGGCACCGCCGCCGUCGCUCCCGCCGUCGGCGCCGCGCUCGGGGCUGCCGUGGCAUCGUUCUUCGCCUACUACCUGCAGUGAGGCGCCGGCCGCCCGGAGGAGGAGGAAGAGAGGAAGGGGAGAUAUGGCUACGCUAGUCCGAACAUGUGUGUGCAUUCCGAUGCAUGCGUGUGUUCUGAUUUGAUAUAACUUGUCUUCUUCUUUUUUUAAUCUUCUUCUCUUAAUUUAACGAAUUGAUGUCGCUGAUGCACCAGAUUAAUGUGAUGCCUUCUUAUAUGUUCUUCCCUGAGAGAGGGAUCGAUAUUGUACCAUUGCUUGCUGUUUGUUUGGAUCAAUUCAAGAAUUUGAUUUAA